UGUAGACUGCAUGCGCUGCAGCAGCGAGAAGAGCGGUGAAUUUUGUAAACAUUGGCAAAAAUGGAGAUUGACAGUGACACAGCUAGCGAGUCAACGCUACGUCGUGAAGUGUGUUGUUUGAUUGAUGGACAGAUUGGUGAAGAUAUUAAGAGCCUUUCUAAGGCCGAGGAGCUUCUUAAUGGUGCAUUGGAGGAAAGGAAUAUUCUAGAGAAGCAGCUGACAGCAGUCAGCACCGAAACACCAACAAGAAUACAAGGAGCUCUCCAAGAAGCGCAACAAGCAACAUGGAAGAUUGAAACAUUGACUUCUUCUCACAAACAAUCACGAAGAGCCAUUAAUAGCCAUCUUAAUCGGGCUGAGCUGAUCGUAGAUGAACUUGACAAGAAGACAGAAGAAGUUCAAGAGCUUGAAAGAUGUAUGGAGUAUAUGAAAUGGUUGGCGCUGGUAGAGGAUCUAAGCUCAGAGAUCCAAGGCUCUCUCCUGGUCAACUCAGCUCCAUUCAAACUCUUCCACAGCUCCGAGGUUCAGAAAGGGAUAUCCGCUGGUGCUAUGCCAAGUGCUGUUACUCACUUUGCUAAACUUACUCAAGUUAUUGAAGUGCUGCAUGGAUCAUCGUGCACCAACCUUGUUUCAUUUGUCACUUCAACGGUGUUGUUUUGGUACAAGAUCCUCAAAGAGAAGUUAGCAAGUGAGUUUGAAGAAGUACUGGCGGCGUUAAACUGGCCAUUUGUUAGUAGUGCUGUACCAAUGCCACCACCACCAGCUCAGCAAGCUGAACUUAAGGAAAGAGUUGAGAUACUUUUUGGUCAGCUUGUCAAACUGCAAUUACCAGAUUCUUUAGCGUCUGAAGAUACCUCCACCCAGGAGUAUAACCAUCUUCCAGGGUCGCGACCUUUACUCCUCCCUCUGUACUUGCUGCUCAAACCACUUCAUAAGAGAUUUCGUUAUCACUUCCACGGCAAGAAGCAAACCAAUGGACUGGAUAAGCCGGAGUGGUACUUGACUCAAGUCUUGAAUUGGAUCCGAGAUCACAGCGACUUCUUAGAGAAUAUCUUCCAGCCAAUCCUGGAUGCUGAACAUCUUGGUCAUAUCAAUGCUAAGGUUGAAUUCACCCGUGGCCUUCUGAACAUCGUAGCAUCCAAGCUUCAGCGUGACAUCCCAGAGCUUCUAUAUGAUGAACAUCUUCUAUCUCAUACAAUUGAUGAACAUUUAAUGUUUGAUCGGGAACUAAGGAAUAAUUACAACUAUCCUCAGAAUCAACCAGGAUGUCUUUAUGUCUUAACUGGGAAGGAAUGUUUUGAGAGAUGGCUUGUUGUAGAGAAGAAAUUUGCUGUUGAGAAGAUUGAUUCCUUACUAGGUCUCCCAACAGCUUGGCUACCACAGUAUCGAGACCUAGAAGAAACUGAUGAUCUUAAAGUACCUGAGUGUGUAGAGAGUUUCAUGACAUUAAUGUUGGUUAUUACAGAGCGUUACAAGGUCCUUCCUUCCCCAACUCAUCAUCUGAGAUUUCUGGAGUUGCAACUUUAUCUUCUAGAUGACUUUAGAGUCCGCCUCUUGCAAGUCAUGAAGUUGGAAUUAAAUGAUCCCCUUGCUGGAAGACAUAGUGCAAUCCUUAAUGGUGUCAAUUAUAUCAUGGAUAUCCUCAAAGAAUGGUCUGAGCAAGUGUUCUUUCUUCAGCUUCAAUUUUAUAGCAAGGAGCAGGAGACAAUGGAGAGUUUUAACAGUGCCUUGGAAACUCUGACUUCCAACCAAGAUGUUAGCAAGAUGUCACAGGUUCUUGGAGAGACUCAGAUGGAUGUCUUAGAAGCUACUGUCUUUGAUGACAUUCUUCAUUUAUAUGGUCUCCUUAGAGAUGACAUGACAGCAACGUUACUAAGGACAGUCAUUAAUGACAUCAAGAGUAGAGGAAGACCCUACCGCAAAGACAAAUGGUUUUCAAUGCCUUCUGCCAAAGACUACAUCACACCGGCCCUUUCUGCUUCCUUAUGUGAACUCCUUCAGUUGUUGAAAGAAAGACUCUUACAAUUAAGAAGUCAACUGUGUCCAUCUGUCUUCAAUACACUGUGGAAGGGAAUAGCUCAUGACCUCAACAAGUUCAUUUAUGAAGAGGUAAUUCUUGCCAGUCAGUUUAAUGAAGGAGGAGCUGCCCAACUUCAGUUUGAUAUGAUUCGAGGAAUAUUCCCUCAAUUCGGAGACUUCACUCAACGCCCAGACAACUUCUUCAAAGAAGUGAAAGAAUCUUGCAUUCUCUUGAAUCUCAAGACAGGUUCAGCCAUCUUACUUAGAGAGCUUCUAUAUCAAACUCUACAUGCCAAGCAAUCAAUAGACCAACAUUCCAAGGAUCCUGCACCACAAGUAGCUCUUAAAGACAUUGGUGUUUAUCGACUAUCUCCAAAGGUUGCUGAGAUUAUACUCAAUCUACGCACUGAUUGGCCAAAGUAGGAGUCAGAUGAAUCAAUGGUGUACAGACAUAACCAUGGGUAAACUUAUGGCUACAAAGACACUUAAUGAAUAAUGAGUAACUUGUUACAGAUCAAACUCAAGUACUUUUUAUUCAUCAUUGACACAGCGAUUGUUGACUGAUAUAAAUAGCAUGGAGACAACUGCUACAUCAGUGGUUUUCAAACUGUUGUUUAUAAAAUGGACACAAACAAAAUGUGUACCCACGAUAUUGUGGCUGCGCACAUUGGUGGUAUCUUCAAUAUUGAGUAACUCUUUGCAGAUCAAACUCAAGUACUUUUUAUUCAUCAUUGACACAGCGAUUGAUGAUAUAACGGCUACAUCAGUGGUUUUCAAACCGUUGUUUAUAAAAUGGACACAAACAAAACGUGUGCCCAUGAUAUUGUGGCUGCGCACAUUGGUGGUAUCUUCAAUAUGGUAUGUGUACAAUCUCCCACAUUAAUAAGUAAAAAAUAAUCAAAGUGAACAGUCCAUACUUAUUUAAAGAAAGUUUUUAUGGCCGAGUUUCCCAGAUAUCAAUUAUAAAAGGGUUUUAUUGUUUGUUAAAAUUGUGUUUGCUCAUCUCCAAAAAGACAGAGAUAGCUUUCUUGUCUUAUUCAAUUAAGUGAAGUUAAAAUGAGCGUUUGUUAAAUCAUUUAAAAUGAUUUUUACUGCAACUCAAUUGCAUCUAUUAGUUAGAAUGUCAAUAAAUCAUAACUGCUUCUAUACAUGUAUCUUUUCCAGCCUUUCUCAAAUUCCCAGUUUUGAUUACCUUCCCUUUGUCAUCUCUCCCCUCUCACUAAUUAAACUAAACACCCUCUCACUAAUUAAACUAAACACCCUCUCACUAAUUAAACUAAACACCCUCUCA